CAAUUCUAUACGUGUUAUAAAAUUAAAGCGCCGCUGUGUAAUAUAAUUAAAAAAAGUGUCGAAUGUUUAUUUAUAUUGUUGUUAUUUUAGUGUGACAAAGUGAAGUGUGCUGUAUCUUAACCUCAAUAUGACAGAAGAGAGCUCGGAGCAAAAGAACAAUGUUUUUCGAAUGGAAUCAACCGUUGCUUUGGACAGCAGCAGUUUGGAUGAAAAGGAAGAGUAUAAUCCUUUCGAAAACAGAAACGUAACACACCCGACUUCGACUUUAGGUUCAUUCUUCAACUUAUUAAAGUCAUCGCUAGGAUCAGGGUUGCUUGCAAUGCCUGCUGCCUUUAAGCACACGGGUUUGAUACCAGGCUUCCUUGGAACAUUCCUAGUGGCAAUCAUCGCUACCCAUUGUGUUCAUAUAUUGGUACAAACAUCAAGAGACAUUUGCAAGGAAUGUCGUAGGGGUUACCUGAGCUACACUGACACGUGUGUUGAAGUAUUCAAACAGGGACCGAAAAAAUUGAGGUCAUACUCGGAAUUUGUGAGGCACUUCGUUGAUUACGCAAUGGCAGGAGUGUGCCUCGGAGGUACGAGCGUGUACGUGAUUUUCAUUGCCUCUUCUUUGAAAAACAUUUUCGACUACUUCUUCCCAGAUCAAAGUUAUCCGGUCGAAGUAUACUGCGCCAUCUUACUUGUACCUCUGAUUUUGUUUACACAAGUGAGACAUCUGAAAUUUCUCGUUCCAUUCUCAAUAUUGGCCAACUUUUGUCUCCUCGUGACAUUCGCUAUCACAUGUUAUUAUACUUUCAAUAAUAUCCCAAGCCUGUCGCAUGUAAACCUAGCUGCAAAUGUAGUGGAGUGGCCUUUGUUUUUAAGCACAGCCAUAUUUGCAAUGGAAGGCAUAAAUGUGGUGAUGCCUGUUGAAAAUGAAAUGGCUAAUCCUGGCCAUUUUCUGGGUUGCCCUGGCGUCCUCAAUAUAACAAUGUGCCUUGUAGGAUCCCUCUACGCUGUGGUCGGGCUGUUUGGGUAUAUGAAAUACGGAAACGAUGUCCUCGGAAGCGUUACCUUGAACCUGCCAGAAAAUGAAGUGUUAGCCUUAACAGCGAAGAUUCUAGUGGCGAUAGCUGUUUUCUUCACAUACUUUCUACAAAUGUACGCGCCAAUGGACAUAUUGUGGAUGAGACUAAAAGGAAAAAUAAGUCAGAGGUUUCAAAAUCACGGGCAAAUUUUGAUGAGGUCUUUGAGUGUUAUUCUAACUGUUAUAUUAGCAGUUGCUGUGCCAGAUCUAGAGAUACUUAUUGGAUUAGUGGGCGCCAUUUUUUUCUCAACACUUGGCCUACUAAUUCCUAUUAUUGUGCAAACUGUUCAUAAAUGGAAUAGGGGUUUAGGAAAGUAUUCCUAUAUACUAUUUAAAAAUAUGAUAUUAAUUGUAUUUUACAUCAUUGUUUUGAUAUCUGGAUGUUAUUCGUCGAUCACGGCAAUUAUUAGUCGGUUUUCAUAAUAUAAGUAAUUUCUUUGGCCUCAAGUUUGUUUAAAAGCGUGAAAAAGUAGUCCAGCUGGAAUUUAUUCAUUUAUAGCCAA